AACACAGUUUCUUUAAAAGCAACUGAACCUGAAUUAAAACACCUAUCAUUUUCAACAGUAACACUUACAAUUCGAAUUUGAUGAAUACAUUUUUGGGUAAACAUUAUGAGGCUAAUUCUUAGAGAUCAUCCCAUGACGUCAUUUGCGUGUUUAUUAUAGUUGCAGUGAAUUAGGGUUUAGGUUAGGUUGAGGGAUCGAUUUAGGGUUCAGGUUACGGUUAGGUUAGGCUAGGCAUAGUAGAUACUUCGAUGAAACAAGGGAGAAUACUACUUUUUGUAUAUCGGAAAUAGAAAUCGGCGCCGAAAAAUCCGAGUUUUUAAUUUUCCGAUGUGUGUGUCUAUUUAUUAUUAAAUUAGUACUUUCGAUAUAUAUUUGAGUUCCGUUUUCGGCCUUAUAAUUAGUUUAGGUAGACAUCUUGGCCUACAUUUUAAUCAAUUUCUUUUUCAUUUACAAUCUCAAUCAGUCAGCUUUGAGAAAAUUCUUGGUAAAUAUAUGGCAACUUUCAUCAUUAAAAUUAAGUCGAAGGAAAAAAUUUGUCACUACCAAAUUUUGUUUGCAUCUGGGGAAUCUAUUGAUCUACAUGUAUGCCAAUUUUCACAGCGAUAAGUGUCUUACGAGAGACGCCAUGUUUCUACACGUUUGCAGCAGGUCAUGCAGCUCGCCCAACCUAAUUUCGCCAUGGGGUGGGCCACGCCCCCUUUUUAAUGGCGGAAGUUGCCGAUACUUAGGAAAUAUUAAUUUAUUACCACUAUUUACAUCAAAAUAAUUGAUAACUUGUGUUUCAGAAUGCAUUUUGAAGACAUUUAAACUGGAAUGUUUUAAUUUGAGCUUUAACAACCCAGUAGAAUCCAUAUUAUAAAUUAUAAGAAUUUACCGUGUGCAACACGUUGUCAUUGGCAACCAUUCACAGCCAUAUCAUAGUACUACCUCAGAGUUUCAUUCAUAAGAGUUUGCCAUGUGCAAAAACUACUAUACCAUUGGUCAGGGAAAGCUUUAAUUAAUUAUUCAUGUGCUAAAGUUGAAAGUUUAAACUAAGUCGACCCUAAACAGUAUUUUAGUGUUAAGGCGAUGCGUUGCCUUAUAUAAAGUAUAUAGUCAUUGCGCAUGACAGGAUCAGCGGAAUGAGGUCACAAGAUGUGGAGGUUUCGUCCAUAGUAAAAAAUACCAAACGAACUCGCACUUUAAAAAUUCAUAGCUCAAAAAGUACUUAAGCUAAAAAGUUGAUUCUGGUUUCAUUUUUUUAUUUGAAAUUUGCUCUAACUGUGUUAUUAAAAAAAUUAUUUCAAUUUUUAAAAAUUUUGUAUUCAAGUGCCUAGGCAUAGUAAUUAGUUUUUAAGGUUCAGGUUAGGGUUAGGCUUAGGGAUUGAUUUAGGGAUACAUCAGUGACAGAGUUAACUCGUUGUGUCAACCAAGAUGGUGGCCAUCGUGGGCAUUAUUCUCAACAUUUGGGGAUAAUUUGUUAAUACACUUGAAAUCAUGAUUGCCAACUCAAUAACUGAUUUUUUUAUAUAUUUUUUUUGGACAAAUAUAAAAAAAUGAUGACUUUUUUUAUUUUUUAGAAUUAGUAAGUCACUAAGUCUUUAGUCUACAAUGUUUGCUCAGCUUUGCCUAAUUUGCUGUUGCCUUCUUGAUAUUUCUGUAUUUAGGCUAUAUAAAAGCCCAAAAAGCAAUUGUCUUUUAGAUGUGCUUGCAAUGAAAUUUGAAAAUAAGAUCUCCACCCAUGACGCCACAUGUAACUUUAUAUAGAUUAUCUUCAUGAUGGGGAUGAGAAAUAAAGGAUUUAGGCAGGCCUAAUAGAUGUAUCGUGUAUAGCCUAAUUAAUCAACAUUUUAAUUUCGUAGCUAAAAUGUAUAUUUUGGUUAGCUUAUAAUUAUAGUUAGUAAUAAAGUAAAGUACUAAACUAAGUAUUAGUUUUACCAGCAAUUGUUUGAUUUUGACAGAUUUUGUUAUUUCUCAGUACUAACUACUAGUAGGACAUGUCUGACAUUUUCUUAGUUUUACUCUUAUUUAGAGCAUAAGUUAAUUUUUUUUAAAUUUUUAAAUAACAGCACAUUUACAGUAUUGGUAGGUCUUAAAUACUAACAGAGUAACUAUGCCUAUAUUGUAUAGCAAUAUAGCCAAGAAAAGGACAAGAAGGCAAGAGAGAUCAAAUUAAGACUUGUUCAGCUGUGUAUUAAUUUUAAUGUGAUCUACAGAUUCUGUGGUGAGACAUACAGUAACUUCUGUAAGCUGUUAUAAUUUAUAUCGGCACAAAUCCAGCAUCCAAGAAAAGUUACAAUCCAAAAUGAAUGGCCACAAUCUGAGUGACAAACAUGAAUGUAGUGCUUAUUUAGAUAAGGAAAUCAUAAAAAAACUAUUAGAAGUAGAUGAUAUUACAGAAAAAGAACAUUCACUACACUUGGCUUCCAGUAAUUUUAAGGAGCCCUCUAAAUUUCAUAGUUCUGGUUUAGUUCCAAAUUCAUUUCCAGUUCAAGGAAAAAACUUUAAUACAAAUAGCUCAAAUUCUUCAACACACUGGUGUUCUUCUAGUGCUAGUCCUACCGGUGCUCAGAAUUUAUUAUGUGGAUGGUUUGUUGAUCCAAAAGUGGUUUGCAGAGGGAGUGAAAGCGGUUCAGCAGCAAAAGGUAAAUCUAAUUCAUUUAACCACAAUGUUCUGCUGUCCCGGGAUUCUGGAAAAAGUCACAAAAAGAGUGUCUUUAGACAUUACUCUGAUCCCAGAGCUUAUAUUGAGCAAUAUAGACAAGAGAAUAAAUGCAAUUCUGUCACCAAAUUUGAGCCAUCCGAAUCACAAUCAUCAUCUUUUUAUGAACCUCCACUUUUACGAAGGAGUGCCUAUCAGCAAAUUUCUGCCCCCUCAACACUCCAGCACAACAGCGUUGAUUCAAAUUCAAAUAGGACAAAUCAACUUCAAAGAGAUCAAGCUGUCAAAAAAGAAUAUCAGAAAAAAACAAUCAGCGCCAAUUUCCUUAACAAUCUUCACCUAUAUAAACUCUCACACAAUUUUGAAAAGCAAUUGGAGUCAUCACCAGAACAAAAAUCAAAUGCAGUUGAAAAAAGCAUUAUCAGAGACAAUGAAAGGGCAGGGAAUCCAGAAAAUACAGUUGUAUCAACACCAUCUUUAAAUAGCAUAUCAGUUCAGAAAAUUCAUGUCAGCAAGCUAAACUUAUCAAGUCCUUCCAGUUCAAGUGAGAUGUCAUCCCUAAAUUUGAGUAGGACACAGUCACCUAGGUUUGUAUUUUUUAAAGAAUUAAAAAUCACUAAAGCCUAUGUUAAAUAUGUAGUAUGUGUAAGUUGAGUUCUAAGUUGUUUUAAAGAGUACAUCAUAUUUACCCAGGGGCAAAAGAAUUGUAAUUUCCUCACAAAAAAACUAUUCCUUUUCCCCAUGAGAAUGCAUGUAUGGUGGACAUUUUUUUUCCAUGAUUUGUUGUUGUUGGGGAUCUAAAGGUCUUACCUCUGGAUAUAUUCAUGUUACGGCAGUAUGACAGCUCAUCUAGUGUUAAUUACAAGGGGGAAAAUUAUCACAGAGCUUUGGUAGUGCUGUGAAUAGUUGUAAUACUUGAUUAGGUAUUAAAAUGUUGAUCAUUAUUUCAUUUUACAUAUUAGGAAUAUCAAUAAUAAACAAGAAUGUCUUUGCUCCCCCAUCAGUUGUUGAUACAAUCUUGAUGUGUAAUCAAGAGUAGACUUGUGAAAUGUACUGACUUAAAAUGAUUUUAUGUAAAGAUAUUUAUUUAUUUCAAAAAAAUCAUUUAAUCUUUCGAAAGCAAUGCAUUUUUUUAAAACUAUAAAAAAUUUCUUUCCAGUGCUCCAACGGGCAGUAUUGUUACUAACCAGUUUUUAAGUCGUAAAAUUGGAAGUCCAACCAGUCAACCCCGAGGCCUGGAUCCUCUAGUGUGGACUUCAGGAAAAAGUGAAAAACAGGUCUGUAUUGCUAUUUUUUCAUAUUCUUUUACACUUUCUUUUGUUACUUUUAUUCUUUUAUUUUAGUUGCUAAUAUAAGCAUGAAUACAUUUUGGAAGGUUGUAGUAGCUAUACACCCAUUUGAGUUUUCAAGUUUUGCUGCAUUUAAGUUUUAAAAAUAAUGUAUAUUUAUGUGUAAACAUUUCUUUAUCUGUUGUUCUUUCAUGGAUUCAUCAAUGUUUUUCUUUAGCACAGAAAAGUUAAAUCUUUCAUGAAUUUUGGUUAAUUUAGGAUUUUGAGGAUUUAAAAAAAUUUAAUGGUACAUGAACAGUGUGCGGGUAAAUUUUAACAAAUCAAUAUAGCACAACAAUCUCUAAUUAAUCCAAGGAACAGCCAGCUAAAAAAAUGACAGGAAAAGAAAAUCCCAAGAAAGACGUGGGAAGAGACUGUAAAUUAACAAGAUUUGUGUCCCCUGACUGUUGGCUUGGUCAGACUGUUGCUUGCCCUGAGAUAACAUCACAAUCCUUUUCUAACAUACUUGUCCCAGUCAAAGAUUUGAUUUUUGAUGUAAGCCCCAUUCUGACAGUAAGUGCCGCCAGUAAGUGUGACAGAAACAAAGGAAAUGGUGCCUUGGAGAUCAAUCAGUCAGUACAGUCUUUGAGGAAUGGAGGCCGCAAGAACUACAGACAUAAAAGUAUGAUCAAAAGGUCAUGGAGCGCUGCUUAUUUAUCUGAUAAAUCUAAAUUCAGUGACCAGUCCGCUGAAGAUCCCAGCACUGACUGUGGAGAGUUUCUCACCAUCCAGGCCGGCAGUGGAAAUCUGACCACGCAGCAGGUGACACCUGGUCCUUAUUUAAAGUUUUGGAAUUCCACCUUGCCUGCUAGAGCUUCUGGUCAUCAUAGAAACAAAGCAAAGAAUGUGAUCCUGAGGCGGUUAUCAGAGAUUUACAGAUCUCAGCUGUCAGAGACUGAUCAGAACAUUCUAGAACAAACUGGACGAUGUCUGGACUCUGACCAGCAUGCAGCCGCAGGGGUAGGGGAUUGAUGAUGUGACUCUAAUCAUUUCCUGUGUCCAUAUAUACAAAUAAAAAAAUAACAAAUCUUAUUAGAUUUUAAUUUCCCAUAACCCCUCAAAUGUCGCAAUUUUAAAAAAAUCUCUUCAAAUAAUUAAAACAUUUCAAAUGUUCUUUACUUAGUUGGCUAUGCAGAUAAAAAACCGCAGUCCAGAUUAUUAAAAGAAAUUUUAAUAAGCCACGCUAAAUAAUCAGAUGAUGGAAUUACAGUAGCUUAUGUAAUGUUUGACUUAUUUAAGUUUUCUUCAGUAUAAAAAUUUCUGUUACAAAGUACAACUGAUUAUUCUGAGUUAAUCAUCAGUUCAAAACGAUCAUAAAACUCUCAUGUGUACUUAUUUAUAUGGAAUGAAAUGUUGUUUUGCUUUGAGUUUGAUUUUCGGAAUGAUCAUCAUUGAAGUUCAUUAGAGACAAACGAGCAGGAUAGGCUUAGAAACAAAUUUGUUGUUAUGAAAUUUUAAUAUUUGGACCUUGCUUCAGCACCUUACAGUUUGAAAUCCCAAAAUAAACACAACCAGCCUCUGUCACAUUUCCAGCUAGAGUUAUUCAACCUGUAUUGUUACUAACUCACCUAUUUAAAGUUGUACUUUUGGAGCUUUAUUAUUGGUCGCGGUGUUCCCUUUCGAUAACAUUGUGUCAACUGUUGCAGUGGCUGUAAUUCUGCACAAUGCCUUUGCACUCUAUAUUUUGAGCACAUUGUAGAUUUCUGUUUUGGAUGCAGUUAUAUUUUCUGUAGCUUUUUUUUUUUUAAUGGCUUUUGUAUCAUAUGCACAUAAAUGGACAUGUUAACAUGAAACUGUACCCUGUUUCCCUCAGUUGCUGCACUCUCUAAUCAUUGGGUCCUUUCGGAGAACCAAGACCGGUUGGUGGUGUCUGAUUCAAGAAUUUUUUUUUUCUUCUUAAUCUUAUAGCAAAUAUUCAAUCAACCUUCUGUAACCUUCAGUAUAGAAUAUUGUAACACUCAUCAUAGGCAACUAGAUCUUUCAGCAUAGCAUAAUAUUUCAUUAAGUUCCAAUUCUUAGUGAAGACGAAGCGACUAAAUAAUAGUUCUGGUAAUUUUGAUCCUUCGUUUAAUAUUUUCAAGUGUUCUCCUAACACAUUGAUGUUGUGCAGAUAACAAAGUUGAAUUUUAAUGAUGAAUAGCAUUCUUUUAAUGUACCCUGUGCUUUUGUCCAGUUAAUUUUUAAAUUUUAUCAAUCCAUCAGUUUUAACAUUACAUAAUAUUUGUUCUUUUCAGUCAAAUCUUUAGCUCUUCAUAUUUUAAAAGUAAUUUAAAGUAACCACUUUCCCACUUGAGGGUCCUCCGCUUUUAUGGUAAACGCUUUCAUAUCAUAUGUUUAAUCAAACUGUCUGCUUUACUUAGUGUAAUUAGCCGUCUGUGGUUCCAUUUAUUACAACUAAAGCUUUAUUUUAUUUUGUGUGUGACAUUACAACAAGCAAACUAACAAUAACACUCCAAUAAAUCAUCCAUGUGUAUUAUUUAAUUGUUUGCCCUUAUUGGCUAGUGAAAUAAGACCAUGUCCAUAGAACACAGUUCACCCUUGUACAGUUGAAGUGGUGCACGUGUAAAGCAGGUGCAGCACUGAUCAGGAUUUCUAAUUAAUUCAUUGAGAGACAUUUUAAAAUAUUCAAAAACUAAUAAUCUUACCAAGUGUUUGAUGGUAACCAUUGCUAGAAUGAUCUCAUCUUGAAAUGUCAUCUAUUUAGUUACUCUUUGUGGGUGAGUCAAAAUCAAGUUUGAACAAAAUAUCAAACAUAAUAAAACAUUAUAAUAUUGAUAUGGUGCAUUUUAAGUGAUUAUUUUUUCAUUCAUAAUUAUGAUGUGAAAUAACUAUAAAUUUUAAUGAAAAUGUAUUAGCUUUUGGGAGAGUUCCUGUUCCUUAUGUAGAGAAGAUUUAUCAAUUUUCAAUGACAUAAUGUAGAGGGAAUCCAUAAAGUUAAGUUUUUAAUUUAAGUUUUUGAUGAACAUUUGACUAGAGUUUGCUUGGAAAUUUUAUUUUUUUUUCAUUUUCUUUGUAUUUUUUCUGACUCUGAUACCAGAUUUGGUAUGAUGGCGGGCAAGUCUAUGUGAAUCUAGCAACCCGCUAUGAAACAACUCAAAAGUAAUGUGUCUGGGGCUUCAGUUGCCUGAGGUAGAUUAUGGCUGGCUACUUUCACCUACUGUAUAAUCCAUUUCUCCUUUUUGAAAUAUAUAUAAAACCAUAUCUUUAUCUUUAAUGGCCUGGAAUGUUAUUAACUUAAUUAUCUUGCUAUUUCUAUUUAUUGUGUGAUGCUGCUUGUGAGAAGUUAACCCUUUUCUCUGUUGAGUCAUAUCAUAUUAACUCUUUGAAACCCAAUAAUCCGAUGUCUUCAAAAUUCUGAAACAUGCGGAACCCUACUCAUUAACUAUGAUGGGCCCAUUCAAAUACAGCUUACUUAAGUAUUAACGACAGCUUAUUUUAGUAUUCACUACAGCUUAUUUGAUUCAAGUAAAUUUGUUUGGAAUAGGGCCAAGUAAUAGAAAAAUUGUGAAAAUAUACAAAUUCUUUACUGACAACAGUAAGGUAUUUAUAUGAGGAGAGAACAAUUUGUGUACACUGACUGCAAUAUCAGAGGUAAAGAACAGUAAUCAAUGAAAUGUAAUGUCUUGAACAUUUCUGUUGCAUAUUUACAUCUCGGAUACUGGAUUUAAUUUGUUUCUUGGUGCCAUACUGAAAUAAGUUGUCUCGAGAUUAUUUGAUCAUGUGGCAACCAGGGUCAUACCGCUUGAUCAUUUGGCAACCAAUAUCAUACCACUUGAUCAUGUGGAAACCAGGGUCAUAAUUAUCUGGUUUUAUCACCUUGUAGUGGCUUAUUGCUUUGCAUGGGCAUGAUAGACUGUGGCUUACUGCAUUUAUCCUCAAAUUUAUUUUAUUCUUUUAUGUUGAAUAAUUGAACAUUUCCAUAUGAGGAGCCAUCCAUAUACUAUGGAUUAUUGUUGAUUUUUGUGGGAUUUUUGUCUAGCUUACGGGAGGAUAUAGCCUGUCUGGGGGAGUCUCAUUGGAAAACGUUACCCUGAAAUUAUGACAGUCCAUAAAAAGCCUAUUUAUACAUCUGAUCAAUUCAACUGUCAACUAAAAAUCUGUUCAAUCCAUGAUUUCUAAUUAUUCUCUAAGACAAAGUCUUCUUCUUAUUAUCAUAACGCUGUUGCUUUUUGUGUUUGACAAGUGAACUCGCAAAUGGAGACUAAUGACAUCUUGAGUGCCCCUGUUCUCCCUUGUAUGUUUGCAAGGCCUGUGAUGUAAUCAGUUGGUUAGACUGAGCAAAGAUUUUUUUCUUUUCUCCAGAGAAGUGAAAAAAAACUAAAAACCUUUGACAUACUCUUUGCCAAACCCCAAUGUUUAUUGUGCAGGGGGGGGGGGGGGGGAAUUGAGGGUCCAAAAAUGUGCAGAUGAAAACAGGAGGGGAAAAAAGGGGUGGGGGUUGCUAACAUAAUAUUUGGAUGGCCCCUAAUAUAUUAAGUCUUAUUCUUAUUAUUUUUUUUCUAUGUAGGUAAUGGAUCUUUUAACUCUAUAUAUUUACCACAUCCUGUUUAUUUGUUAACAUGGCUUUGAUUGGCUGAUUCUUUUACAAAGCUAAGUACCAAUUCCAAUGUAAAGUCCCAGGCCAGAGAUGUAUUUUGACUUGGGAUGAAAUACAACAAACGUGUGAUGCUGGCUUGGUGUUGGUUCACACCAUCUCCCAUCUCUUUAAGUUAAUUGCCAUUCUUAUAUGUAUGGAUAUAUAUACCACAACAGCUGCUGCUGACCUGUAGCAAUUAAAUAUGGUACAAAGACUGUGAUUUAUUAUUUGAUUGAAAUAAAUUUCAAAAUAUAAUUCUUGGUUUAGAGCCACAACCUUUAUACAUUACAAACUAUAGAUAAAUUGUAUCGUUGAUUUGUAAGACACCUGUAUGGGCAGACGUGUAAUUUUGGCCAUAUCAGUUUUGCCUUUUCAAUAAUUGUGAUUGCGUGUGUUGUUGACCUUUCUUUAGAUUUACAAAAACAAAAAUCUUUAAAAUUUGGUAUUUAGUAGACUUGAUCGAUCAGUGAAAUGUAGGGCAUGUGCAUCAACUUCCACACAAAUGUCUAUUUCUUUUUUGUUCAGUAACCUCUGUUUUCUCUGUAGAAUAAAAGUAUAUUUAUCAACUAUGUGUAAAUGCAAACCUAAAUAUGUCAUCAACAUCGGGUGCAUUAAAUGACUGGAUUCCAUAGUUUGUAUUAAAUGGGACUCCCCUGAAUUAAUGGGGACCCCCCUGAAUUAAUGGGGACCCCACUGAAUCUUAUGAUCUCAACACAACUCAGCUUAACUAAGAAAAGAAGGCACAAUUUUGAUUGGACUGCUAAUCAAUAAUAAUAAUACUAAUCUGUGACUGUUUCCUGCACAGAUUUGUGGAGCCCAAGAUUUCAACAACAGGCAGGAUCACCCAGGUGUGGCCCAGGAUCACCCAGGUGUGGCCCACAAGAACAAGACAGUCCCAACACAAACACCGCGACCUUCUGUCAACAAAUUACCAGACGACAACGGAGGGAAAGAAGUUUGUCCUCAUCUGGCCAGCUUAGUGAAGACCAGUUACAAGAAUCAAAAUGUCGUGGAUCUGACUUACAAGAGUAAAUGUAAGGACUACAUGGCUCUCAGUUGUACAAGUAAAUGUAAGGAUGUCUCGGCUCUGAUAACAGGCGUGCUCAAUUUACAAUAUUCAUUCCAGGAAAGGGAAAUGACCAUAAUGGCCAUCUGAUAAAAAAUGACAUAUUUGACCAACUCACGUGCCUGACAGACCAGACCGGGUGUAAAAACAAGUUUGUGCUGUAAGGUCAUUGUGUAAUAAUAUUGAGAAAGUGCCAUUAUAUCAGAUUUGAUCAUUUGAUAAGACUGGUACAGUACAGAACAAUUUGAUAAGACUGGUACAGUACAGAACGGUCUAGAGGACUACAAAAUCAAAUGACCUGAAAGGCUGAAGUUGGAAGCUAUUUAAAUGAACACAGUAGCCAUUAGCUGUGGUAUUUGAAUGAACACAGUAGCCAUUAGCUGUGGUAUUUGAAUGAACACAGUAGCCAUUAGCUGUGGUA